GCCUGUGCUGCCGCCGCCGGCCGCCGGGAGGGGGCGGACCAGCGUCAACCUGUUGUGGGUCCCGCCACCCUCGCCCGGCCUGCGGCUCCACAAGGAAGUGCGGCGCCCACACGCGCUCCGAAAGUUGGGCAUGCAGGAAGUGCGCGCCCGGCGCGGCCACUAGCUCGGCGGCCCGGCCCUCGCGCGGGAGCGCAGGCGGCACAGCGCGGCGUCCGGCCCGGCGACCCCGGCUUUCUCCUGCGGCGACGCGCUCCCCGGCCCCCGGAUCCCAAUGCGCGCGCUCGGCCUCUUCUACACGCUCGUCUGCGCUAACUUUUGCAGCUAUCGGGACACUUCUGCUGCGCCGCAGAGCGCAGCCAUCAAAGCUUUGCGCAACGCCAACCUCAGGCGAGAUGAGAGCAAUCACCUCACAGACUUGUACCGAAGAGACGAGACCGUCCAGGUGACAGGCAGCGGCCACCUGCAGAGUCCUCGCUUCCCCAGCAGCUAUCCCAGGAAUCUGCUCCUCACUUGGCGGCUCCGUUCCCGGGAGAACACAAGGAUACAGCUCGCCUUCGACCACCGGUUCGGACUGGAGGAAGCCGAGAAUGACAUCUGUAGGUAUGAUUUUGUGGAAGUUGAAGAUAUAUCUGAAACCAGUACCGUGAUUAGAGGACGGUGGUGUGGACACAAGGAAGUUCCUCCAAGGAUCACAUCAAGAACAAACCAGAUUAAAAUAACAUUCAAGUCUGAUGACUACUUUGUGGCUAAACCUGGAUUCAAGAUUUAUUAUUCUUUUGUGGAAGAUUUCCAACCUGCAGCAGCCUCAGAGACCAACUGGGAGUCAGUCACAAGCUCUAUCUCAGGGGUAUCCUAUCACUCUCCAUCAGUAACGGACCCCACCCUCACUGCGGAUGCUCUGGACAAAACAGUCGCAGAAUUUGAUACCGUGGAAGAUCUGCUGAAGCACUUCAACCCAGAAUCAUGGCAAGAAGAUCUUGAGAAUCUAUAUUUGGAGACCCCCCAUUAUCGAGGCAGGUCCUACCAUGACAGGAAGUCAAAAGUCGACCUGGACAGGCUCAAUGAUGACGUCAAGCGCUACAGUUGCACUCCCAGGAAUUACUCCGUCAACUUAAGAGAGGAGCUGAAACUCACGCACGUGGUCUUCUUUCCCCGUUGCCUCCUGGUGCAGCGCUGUGGGGGCAACUGUGGCUGUGGGACCAUCAGCUGGAAAUCCUGCAUGUGCAGCUCUGGGAAAACUGUGAAAAAGUAUCAUGAGGUAUUAAAGUUCGAGCCUGGCCAUUUCAAGAGGAGGGGCAGAGCGAAGCACAUGGCUCUCGUUGACAUCCAGUUGGAUCACCACGAGCGGUGUGAUUGCAUCUGCAGCUCGAGACCACCUCGAUAAGAGAAUGUGCACAUACUAACACUGAGCAUGAACGAAUCUUUAGUUUAAGGGGGGUGUGGUAAGAGACCCUUGCCCACCAGCAACCGAACUUCACUUAGCCUGCAAAGCAAUGAAUACAAGUGGUUGCUGAGUUUCAACCUAGCUUUGUUAGCCAUGGCAAGUAGAAAGGUAUAUCAUCAACUUCUGUACCCCAGAGUAUAGGAUUGCAUUUAAUAAUAGUGUCGGAGAAUGUAUACACAUAUGUAUACGCAUGUAUAUAUUUUCCGUGUCUGUGCAUAAAUACAUCAAAUGGUUUAUUCAGUAUAUACAACCAGGUACACCAGAGCUGACAUAUGGUUGAGUUAUUUAGACCCUUAAAAUCUUCUGACAAAUUCAGGGACAUAUUAAAUUACAUGAAACAUGGCCUUGGAAGAUUCAGAAGACUGUUUUGUUUAUUUUUAAAUUUGAAUCACAAAACAGUCUUGGAUCUUGCUCUUUUAAAGAGAGCACCUUUUAUAUUAAAAACCAAUAAAUGAGCUUUUCUUUAUAUAUACAUCUUAAGUGUAAAAAAAAAAAAAAAAAAAGAAAGCUAUGGUUUCUGGGGAAAAGGCACAGACCUAACAUUUUUCCCAUGGGAUGCACUACAUGCUUACCUAUGUAGACAAUAAUUACCCAUCUCCAGAAGCAUGCCAUAAUAAUAUAGAUGCUUUAGAAAUUAAGUCAUUAAGUCUUCUUUUUAUGCAUCUUGCUGAGGCAUGCAAAUUCAUUUAACACCUGUCUCAAAAAAAUUUUAUUAUAAUCCUCCCAGAGACAAUUUAUUAACUGUAGCAGAAAUUUGAACUGUUUCUUCCUGAAAACCCCUCCACAGAAGUAACUCCUUUGGAAAAUGACAUGGGGACUCUGUACGAGCCUUUCAAAAUAGUGUUCAUUGAAAGAUUUGGGUAGUUGAAAGUUAGAACAGUGAAUGUAGAAAUAUUAACAGAACUGGAAAUCAGGUGGAAUAUUUGAUUGGAUCCAUAUUUAAUAAUGGGUCCAAACUCUCCAAACUAUGCCAAUUCAUUUUAUGUCUCUUGCUUUUGUGUUCCUGUCUCUUUGAUAUACAAAGGUGGAUUUACAAUGGCAUUUAAAUUUGGCAAGCAUCAUGAAUUAUUUAUAGCCUAAAAGCUUUCGUGUAUUAAAACCACCCAAUUUUAUUGAUGUAGAUUCCUAAUUGUACCCUCACUUGCCAUUCUGAAUUCCUGUUUCUGAACUAAGUGAAAUCCGAUCUGGGUGUGUGGUUCUCUCCAGGUCUGUGGAGCUUGUUCUGAAAAGCCGUCCUGCAAGUUACAGGAACAGGAAUUUGGCCUUGCCCCACCACUCGCGACCCUGAGUUCGCACCGGUGGUCAUUACUGGUAUUCAGAGUCAUCUUCCUUCCCUGGGUCCUCAGUGUCUGUUGGAAAGGAGGCUGACUUCUGGAGUAGGAAGUGAUUCAUCAUUCUACAGAGCAAGGCUCUUGAGAGAGAGCAUCAUGAAAUCCAGAUAGCUCCAGGGCUACUUCGAGAAAGCCCCAGUUUUCUUGCUGCCUUGAAACAAAAAAGGAGAGCCGAUUUCUUCCGUGAGUCUAGGGCCCUAGUGACUCGAAGCGCCUUGAGUGAGGGGGUGUGGGGCAGGCUGGGUAAGUCCCGGGCUCAGGGAAGGGGCCUAAACACACUCACGCUUCAAAGCACAGGGCACGUUCUCCACUGUCCUCAGUUGCAUCCUCCUUUCCUCUCAGCUCUUUGAGACGAAAGGCCAUUCAUUUCUUAUUGAAGAUGCCAAACUUCCCUAGAAACACCCAGGUUCUUACCGCCGGGGGGGGGGGGAUGGAAGUGCUGGAAUCCCUGUCUUGCUCAGUGGCCCAGAAUCCCAGAGCAGAGUCAGAAGUGGCCGAAGCAGACACCCUCACCAUCGGGACUGCUCGUCCCCUUCACGAGCACGUGCACGUUUACCGUGAAAACAUCGGCGUGGGCACCCAAAUUAGAACGUGUGUCACCUCGUUCUGGCUUAUGCAGCUCACGUCGUAGCUGUAAGUAUGAAAAAUUCAAGUGUUUUCCCCAAUUUUCAAUAAACCUUCCAGGCUGCAAUAACCGGGAUGGUUUUCGGUUAAAGCCCUAUCUGUACUUUUUAUUUAUUAGCUGAAAUGUAAGCAGACAUAUUCACUCACUUUUCUUUCUUCUUUCCUGAGUGUUUUAUUAAAACGUCUCCCUUGGUUAUCUGUUAUCUAUUGCACGUCCAACAUGUAGCCAAUAAAUCUGUUUCAUUGCCAUCAAAGGAAUAAAAAAGCUCGCUGUACAAAUUACAUUUCAAAACAAACCCUAAUAAAUCUGCAUUUCUGCAUGGCUCACUCACCUGGAA